GAGAGGCAGGACGGAGUGUUUAUCACGAGCUGCACCGCGAGGAUCGGCGGUAGUUUCUAAAUGGAGGAUCCGUGUCUUGUUCCCCUCGGAUCGCGGUACCUGGCCUGAUGUGCGUCUCGUGAGCAGCAGCGACGGUGAUAAAGGGGGAAAAACACUGGCAAGACUUUAAAAGCGAGAGGAGGCACGCGCACAUCUCCCGGAGUGUGAGCUUUCGUUCCGCAACACACUUCGCACCAACUGGGAACGACUUGAUUGAGACAUGGGGUGUAGGCUUCCUAAGUUGCGGAAGGCAGAAGAGAGGCGAAGCCCGGGUAACAUCUACUCCACCCUCCGACGGCCACAGGUGGAGACUAAAGUGGGCGUGGCAUACACCUACCACUUCCUGGAUUUCCUUUUGGGGAAAGAAGAGGUGCCCGUGUCGUCGGUGCUCUGCCUCUCCUCGGUCCGGGAGCUCCCGGUUCAGGUCCGGGAGCUCUACGCGCAGGGCUUCGUGCUGGUCGCCGUCCACCCGUUCGUCCAUCCCUGCGGCCCGAGCCACGCGCGCAUCCAGCGCCAGCUGCACCGGGCCGUGCUGGUCCGAGAGACGCCGAGUUCUGAGAAAAACCAGCUGAGGUGGGGGAGACAUCGUCUGGAGACGGACGUGUGCGUCGCAGGUCAUCAGGUGGCUGACCCGGAGUUGAUCCAGAGCUAUGUCAAGAGGAUCCAGGAUGUAGCGGAGCAAGGCGUGAUGUUCGUGGGGUUUCUGCAGCAGCCGGGGGGAGGACCCUGCUUCGUGGGUCACUGGGAUCCUGAGGAGCUGUCCUCCUUGCAUUCAAGCCCUUCGCCCAUACACCGACACCCCCUCAGCGCCAGCAACAGCCCAACGGACCCUUCAGAACCUGAACCUCAGGAGAUGGGCCUUGCAGGCGCAGAAACUAACGCCGGCCCCCUGAAGCCCAAACGAGAAGAGUCGGCACAGAAGAGGAGCCACCUGCCGGACCUCAAGCAGUCCACGGAGAACCGCUUGAACCUUUCCAACCAGAGAGACGGACAAAGUUCAAGCUCGGGCAGCUGGCCCAGCUCCCCCGAGCUGGAUGGAAACCGCGAAAAGGGGUUCUGCAACACAAACGGGAAGAGCCGACCGACGGCGCACGACAACAACAACCACGUCCGGGUCAAGAGUUCCGAGAAGGACGAGAACGCCGCCUCACCACCAGCGCAGGGAGGGAUGCAGCUCUUCGCCUUGUACAACCACACGGGGGAGAUGAACGCCUCUCUGAGGUUCUACUCCCUGCGGGUGCCGCUGCUGGUGCAGAGGGAAGCCGGGCUCAUCACGGACGUCGACACGCACUGGCUCGACCACAUGACUCAGCAUUUCACGAGCGGCGCGCACCUCGUCGACGGGUUCUUCCACCUCAGGGAGGAAAUGGACAAUGGCGUUUCAUCCGUGGACAGUGUGUUCAUCUUCCAGAGCGCCGCGGAGGAGACCACGAGCGCCUCCUACGACGCCAUCGUGGUUGAGCAGUGGACCGUUGUGGACGGCGUGGUGGUGAAGACGGACUACAUCCCCUUGCUCCAGUCCCUGGCUCCGUAUGGGUGGAGGCUGAUGUGCGUGUUGCCCACACCCAUCGUCAAGACGAACGGCGACGGGAGUUUGUCGACCAAGCAGAUCCUCUUCCUCCAGAGGCCCGUCCUGCAGCGCAAGAGAAAAGACUUCAAGAUGCGGAACCUCAGGGGUCGCAGCAAGGCAAAGAGAGACACUCCGGAAGACAGAGAGAACAUGUACCCGCUGAUGGACAGGCUGAGAAGAAACUCAAAAGAUGAGGAGGAGGAGGAGGAAGAGCAAGAGCAAGAAAAAGAGGCUGAGGGGAGGAAGAGCAGGGACAGCGAAAGGAGCGAAGGAGCGGGCCUUCAAAGGGGCUUCUCGCCCCUCUCGGGGAGCGGGGCCUCUCUUGAAGAGGAGGAAGAGGAGACGGACAUUGAUAACAUCCCUCCGCCUCGGCUAGGGAAGCCGCAGAGGUGGACAGAUGUGUGUCAGAGAGUCGACGGAGGGGUCAAGGAGGAGCUGAAGACGGAGGAGCGCAUCAAGCAGCAGCUGUUUUCCGGCGUCUGUUGACACAUUGGGCACAAAGCUGAGGAGUUUACAAAAAAAAGCCUUUUGAAAUAACUUUUAGUUUUAAAGUUCCAACCCAGAUGUGGUCGGACACGGCGUCACUAGUAUUCCCGUACCGUUACCAUGGCUUCGGUGUCUUGGUUGUUGCUCUCUGAUGUCUCUUCUACAAAAUGAAACGGCUCAAGGCCGAUGGAGAACGUCUCCAGGUCUGAGCAUGCGAUGGUUGUAUUUGACUUCUCUAGGAAUAGGACGGUUAAAAAGGGAGCACUGAUUUCAAGGGGCUCACUGUAUUUUAUUUUUUUGACAAGGGGCGAGGUGAUAAAUGUUUGUAUUAGAGCCUGACGGACACGUGCAUCCGGCUACUAUAGCUCACACUUCAGCUUGAGUCAUGAACUCAUAAAUGCGUUUUUUUGUACUGUUCAUUUUCCCCAUUUUAACAUCUAUUUGAAUGCAUCUUUAUCACGAAAAUCAUUUUCAAAGAAGAUUCCUCAUAUUUGGAAGUUCGAUCUUUUAUUAGCUGGGUUCUAAACCACGUUACAAUGUAUUGUCAUUAAGCAUUAAAGGCUACAUUCAUGUAAAUGACUAAAUAACCGUUGAAUCAUUCGCUCUAGUUGGGAUGUGUAAGAGGCUUUUACCUAAUGAGUAAUGGUAGCGGAAGUAUACUGUAAACCCAAAAUGUCUGCAGAGAAACAAUUUUUGUAAUUUGGGAGAAUUGACCUUUUAAAAGGUUUCUUUUGGGGGGAAAAAACCUGCAUAAUAGGAAUCUACUGUUCAUUACUUAUUUCCUGGACCGCCUGUGUCGUGUCUUCGUGUAACAUGUGAGUCUUCAUAUAAAAGCACAGGUCAAUAAAAUGUUUCAAAACCGA